AUGGCCAUUCUGCUGCUGGGCGGGGAACCCGACCGCGACAGCUAUGCAGCGCAGCUGUCCUUCGAGUUUCAUCCGCCUCUGGAGGUCUUCGCCAGCUCUCCAUCCAGUGGAGCCUUAGAACGUCUCAGCGCGGUGGAUCGGAUCAAUAAGCUGGUGCUGUCCUAUGAGGCAUUGGACACGGUCACCAAUUUCUCCACCAUGAUUCCCAGACUUCAGGAGGCUGGUGUGAAGAAGGUGUUGCUGGUCACCUCUUCCUACCACAUGCCCCGAGCCAGGGCUAUUGCUGGGGUGAUGCUGGGUGCCUCGGGGAUCGACUUCGAAGCUCGUGAAGUUGAAUCCACCAAGCCGCCUGAGCCGAGAUGGAAAAUUUGGCGGGCAUGGUUUGUUACCGUCGCCACAUUCCAAGCCAUGACCACCGAGGCCGCAGGGCAUCCUAUUGCCUUAGGGCCGUAUUGGUUAACGGCCCAUACGGCCCUGACCGAACAGCGCUUGCUGCUCUCAGCAGCCAUUGCCAAGGUGCAGGAGAAUGGUGAAACCUCGCAGAAGGUAACCCUGCCCUGCGCCCUGCGCUACUUGCACCGCAGAAAGGGUAGUGGCACUGUGCCUCCUUCAGGGUCCAACCCAACCUUGACUGCGGUGGCAGAGGAAUAUGAAAAGGCCCUGGACAGCAACAAGUCGGUGGACUACACUGACCUUAUCUCCAUGGCAGGUGAGGUACUUCGGCUGCCGGUGGUUGCAGAGACCAUGGCAAAACUACAGGCUGUCGUGGUGGAUGAAUUCCAGGACACCUCAAUGGCUCAGCUGCAGAUGUUGCAAGAGAUGUUGUCCUGCCGGCCGUCCAGGUUGACGGCAGUGGGCGAUCCUCGUCAGCGGAUCUUCUCGUUUCAGGGAUCUGCCUCUGGACAGUUCAAGGCGUUCCAGCAAAAGUUCCAUGCAAGAGAGCUGACAUUGGAGGAAAAUUUCCGCUCCACUGGGCAUAUUUGCGGCUGCGCCACUUCGAUUUUGGGGCAGGCGGGUAUGGACGACCCGACGCACCCCAUGCUUCGAUCCCGGCAUCCUGCAGGAAAUGGGCUGCCUGUGACUGUGGCAGUGUGUCGGGUGUCGCAGAUUUCUUGGAUUCCUGUGAGGUGUCGCACCGUGAGAUGUGAAGAAUUUCACGCCAGAUCUUGGGUCUUGCAGCAGAAGCUGAAUGGCGGCGAAUGGCGUGAUCUGGCCAUUCUUGCCCGCACCACCGCCACUGCGCAGUCUAUGGCCAACUCGCUCCAAUCACUUGGAGUGCCGGUGGUACUGGCAGGGCUGGAGCACUACAGUCAGAAAGAGGAGUGGCACCCAGACAGAUUACCACGUGACCGUGCGAGCCCAGAGCCCAGCAACAUCGAUACGAGCCCAGCUCGCCGCGCCACGGGGGAUUUGCUGCAGGUGGUGAAGCAAGAUGCUUUUGGGCCCGCAGUGGAAGCUGUCUCGGCCAGGGUGGAUGUUGCCUUUGUGCCGCCUGGCCACGCUGAGAGUGAGCUGAUGACGGUGUCCUUCCCUGGCACCAACGGUCUGCAGCAUGGCGCAUAUGUGAACAUCACAGGGUACCGGGAGACGGACUCUACACAUGCUGAAGAACUCAAGGCGGGGAUGAAAGAUCAAGCCCUGGCGACCGGCUUAGCUUCUGCCUGGCAGCUCAGUUGGCGAAGCGCCGACAAUGUCGUGUUCAAACAUGUUCAGUAUCCAACAGGCAAAUGCUGGAAUACGAAAGAGACGCGGGAGAGCUGGGUGGACGCAGGCACAGUGAGCUUUACAGGCUCUGUGGUUGGACCCAUCAGUGGAUGCCCGGAUUCCAAUGACGCUUGGGCCACGUACCAAGCAAUCCAGUCGCAGCUCCGUGGCACAGAUGAAUGGGACCAGAACUACUUCAAAGUGAUGAUCCUUCCAUCCUCAUGGCUCUCAGCUAUUGGCCUGGGCACAGUGGGUGGAAGCCUUAGCUGGUACCGAGACACCUAUGUGAAGCACCCUGCAAUGUUUCUGCACGAGAUCGGACACAAUUGGAAACUUCAUCAUGCAGGAGGAGCUUUUGUUAGCCAGGACUGGCCGAUGGGUCUUGCAUGGUCUUGCCCUGAAAAUAGAUGGAAGAUAUACCGGUAUACCAUCAAAUGA